GAGUGAAAAUAGUGGUGCUCUGCCCGCAGAGCACUUGCAGAGCACACAAGCACACUACCCGCAGAGCGCGUUCAACGCCCUAGUAACGAGCGCACGCUUUGUUCGACUUGCAGGGGCAGCCCUGCGCGCAGAGACACUGUACAUACUGUCAUAGCACCCUCACUCACAGAGCGCCAGCAUCAGACGCCGCCGCGGCGUGCCAGCAAAGCACAGACGGGAGCAGCACCAUGGGCGCCGGUGGCUCCUUCGAGUACGUCGCCAAGUUCGUCGAAGAUGAUCCUGAGUUAGAAGCGGACGACCAACGCAAGCUCGCGGCGUAUGUACGCGAGCACAGAAUAACGGGCAAGCGCGCAAGGCGCCGCUUCAUGAACGACAAAUCAGCGUUAGAGGAAAUCGCCGGCCCCAAGGCGGCGAAAGUCCUGCGCAGCCGACUGCGCCAGAAGAAGGUCCGCGUCGGAAAAAAAGCAGAAGAGUUUUUUGCGAACGUAAAAGAUUUUAUAGCAGCAAAACACGAGAUCGACGCCACUGCUGAACGAGUUUUACCUAGAUCCUACAUGGACUCCUACCAGUCCUUCAAGCCUGCCGUGCUGAGGCAUGCUGAAGGUAUGUCGAUCGAUGACGUUUAUCAAUCGGCCGAGUGCACAAGAUCGGCCUUCGAGCAAGCUGCGCGCAGUGUCGUCGAAGCUGCUGAUUUAGAUCCAGAUGAAGUAGUAACACAUGACGGGGAGGAGCUGAUGCUCACGGACGACCUGCCCUUCACGAGGCUGUGUCUGGCACCACCGAAGGGGCAUGCUCGAGCAGCUGAAAAAAUCCGAGACGACUACGAGGGAGACGCGUCGCGAUUGGUGGAUGUGAAUCGGUGCUCCAUCGUCGUCGAUGAGGAGCAACAGCUUGUGGCUGUAGCUUCCAAGCUCAUGGAGAAAUGCGAGGUCGUUCGGUUGAAGAAUCGAUUUGCGGAACCGCUGUUUAACGGGUAUCGGGACGCGCUGUACUCCGUGCGCGUGUCGAGUGGCGACACGUCGCAUAUUUGUGAAUUGCAACUCCACCUGGCGGCCGUGAUCGCGCACAAAGAAAAGACGCACCACUACUACGAGUACUUCCGGAGUUAUUUUGCGGGUUCGAUGGCCGAGGUCGAUUCCCGCAUGAAGGACCUCAUGGACAUUGGCAUCAGCCACGACAAGUCGCUCGAAGGUCUAGUUAAUGACCUAGCCGCGUCGUGCACGGACGUACCUAGGCUAAAAGGCCUCGCUAGAUUUUUAGGAUAUGGCGGCAUGGACGAGUAUGAAUUAGCGGCGCGGUUGUACGACCGGUGCCUCGACGUGCACCUGACGUCACUCAACGCGGCCCGCUUAUUGUGGCGGGACAAGACGGCCUCGAUCGCGCAGAGUUUUCGAGGUAUCGACGACGCCAACGCGCUGAAGCAUGAUUCAAAGCCCGUCGAGGAGAUCUGUCGCGCGCAGCUCGAAGCGGCGGACAAUGCGCAGUGGCAUGGGUCCGAGGGCCACGAGCGGCCGCGGCCGACGUGCUGCGCGCCGGAAGUUGUGGAAGCGUGGGAGGCGCAGUGCGAGGCCUGGCGCAAGGCCGGGGCGCUGUUUCGGGAGACGCGGGAUCGAGCUUCUUCCAAGUUGGGGAACGAGCAUCCCGUGACUCUGACGGCGGCCGCGUCGCUCGCGGGCUGGAUUUUGGAGGACAAGGACGGUGAUUGGAACGAGGCUUUUGAUCUUUGUUCCGACGUGCGGCCCCGGGUGGUAAAUUUCAGGCGUCCCGCGCCCAUCAAUCUUCGCACAGGCGCUGCCCAAGCUCGCCAAGGUCCUGGGCGCCACGCACCCCGAUACGUUGGAUGCGCGAAGUCAGCUCGCGCAGAUCUGCUGGAGUGCCACUACCAAAAAGUCGCGCGAAAGGGUGGAAGCGGCGGGCUACGAAAGCAGCGCCCACGCCGCCGCGGCGUUGUUCGCGGAAAAUAUCGAGGCCUACAGGGCCAUGGGCGAGCCGGACUCUGAGCACCGCCUCAUGAACAUGACGCAGCUCGCCAGGGUGUAUAAUGAACCGGCGCUGGCGCGGUACGACGACAGUCUUGCUGUCUUGCGGGAGGCGCUCGAGCGGUACCGGCGCACGCUGGGCGAGGCGAACUCGAACACGGACGCUUGUUUGGAGCUCGUCGACCGCCACGCGGAGGGGCUGGAGCGCGUUUCCCAGGGUGACCCGUUCUAUAGUGAUGACGAGGAGGAGGUGGACGAGGAGGACGAGGACGACGAGGACGACGGGGACGAUGACGAGGAUGAUGAGUAAUGUGGAAGUAAUGUGG